UCCCUGCCAUGAUCACAUCGUACCCCAACACCACGCUGGCCACUCAGGGCGAAGAGAAGAAGAUGAGCUGCACGGCCCACGGAGAGAAGCCCAUCAUGGUGCGCUGGGAGAAGGAGGAACGCAUCAUCAACCCGGAGACCAGCCGCUACGUGGUUUCUGUCAAGGAGGUGGGCGAUGAAGUCAUCUCCACCCUGCAGAUCAUGCCCACAGUGAGGGAGGACUCUGGCUUCUUCUCUUGUCAUGCCAUUAACUCGUUUGGAGAAGACAGAGGAAUCAUUCAGCUCACAGUGCAAGAGCCCCCGGACCCCCCAGAGGUGGAGAUCAGAGAGGUGAAGGACAGGACCAUUGCACUGCGCUGGACUAUGGGUUUCGAUGGCAACAGCCCAAUCACAGGCUUCGAUAUUGAGAGCAAGAACAAAUCAGCCUCCUGGGAUACGGCUCAGAAGACCAAAGAUGUCUCACCUCAGCUCAACCAGGCCACCAUCAUCGACCUGCACCCCUCCUCCACCUACAACAUCCGCAUGUUCGCCAAGAACCUGAUCGGCAAGAGCGAGGCCAGCAACGAGCUCACCAUUACCACGGACGAAGCCGCUCCUGACGGACCGCCUCAGGACGUGCAGCUGGAAGCCUUCUCCUCUCAGAGCAUCAGAGUCGCUUGGAGGGCCCCGAAGAGGCACCUGCAGAACGGGGCCAUCAAAGGCUACCAGGUGGGCUACAGGGAGUACAGCUCGGGGGGGAACUACCAGUUCAGUGUGAUCAGCGUGGAGACCACAGGAGACAACGCAGAGAGCCUGGUGCUGGACAACCUGAAGAAGUUCACCCAGUAUGGAGUGGUGGUGCAGGCCAGCAACAGCGCAGGGACGGGCCCCUCCUCCACAGAGGUGGCUGCCACCACGCUGGAAGAUGUGCCCAGUCGCCCUCCAGAGAACGUCCAGGCCCUAGCCUCGUCUCCGGAGGUCAUCUCUCUGUCCUGGCUGACGCCCCCCAAAGACGCUCUGAACGGAAACCUGUUGGGCUUCAGGGUCAUCUACUGGGCCAACCUUCCUGAUGGAGAGCUGGGAGAGAUCAGGAACGUGACCACCUCUAAGCCCUCUCUGGAGCUGGACGGACUGGAGAAGUACACCAACUACAGUAUACAGGUGCUGACCUUCACCAGAGCGGGAGACGGAGUCCGCAGUGAGCAGAUCUACACCCGCACCAAGGAGGACGUUCCCGGGCCUCCGGCGGGGGUGAAGGCAGCAGCUGCUUCUAACUCCGUGGUGUUUGUGUCCUGGCUUCCUCCUCUCAAAGUGAACGGCAUCAUCAGGAAAUACACCGUGUUCUGCUCCAACCCACACCCCACGGUGAGCAGUGAGUUUGAGGCGGCUCCAGAUGUGUUCUUCUACCGCAUCCCCAACCUGAGCAGGAACCGUCAGUACAGCAUCUGGGUGGUGGCCGUCACCGCCGCCGGCCGGGGGAACGCCAGUGACAUCAUCACUGUCAAACCCAUGGCUGAGGCUCCGGCUCGGAUCCUGACCUUCAACAGGACAGUCACCACCCCCUGGAUGAGGGACAUCGUGCUGCCGUGUAAAGCGGUGGGAGAUCCAUCUCCAACCAUCAAGUGGCUGAAGGAGAUCAACGGAACCCCAGCACCUGUUGUGAUUGACAGCCGGCGCAGCGUCCAUGGUAACGGCAGCCUCGUUAUUCGCACGGUGAAAGCAGAGGAUUCUGGGAACUACACUUGCGUGGCCAGUAACAGCUUCGGUUCAGAAAAGAUCGUCCUCAACCUGCAGGUCCAAGUUCCACCGGACCAGCCUCGCCUCACAGUAACAAAGACAACCACCACGUCAAUAACCCUCUCCUGGAUCCCUGGGGACAACGGAGGCAGCUCCAUCAGAGGCUACAUCCUGCAGUACUCGGAGGAUAACAGUGAGCAGUGGGGGAACUUUCCCAUCAGCCCCAGUGAGCGCUCCUACAGACUGGAGAACCUCAAGUGUGGAACCUGGUACAAGUUCACACUCACUGCCCAGAAUGCAGUUGGGCCAGGGCGCAUCAGUGAGAUCAUUGAAGCAAAGACCCAUGGGAAAGAGCCUCAGUACUCUAAAGAGCAGGAGCUGUUCACCAGCAUCAACGCCACUCGGGUGAAGCUCAACCUGAACGGCUGGAACAACGGUGGCUGCCCCAUCACCUCCUUCACCCUGGAGUACCGGCCGAUGGACGCGCCCUCCUGGACCACGGCGCAGCGCACAUCCCUCACCAAGAGCUACAUCCUGUACGACCUGCAGGAGGCCAGCUGGUACGAGCUGCAGAUGAAGGUCUACAACAGCGCCGGAUACGCUGAGAAGAGAGUCAAGUUUUCAACUCUCAGCUACGAUGGCAGUACGAUCGCACCUUUGGUGAAGGCCCCCAACGUAAGUGAGGACCACUCUGGAGGCGGCGAGGGCUUAAAGAUGAUGGUGACUAUUUCCUGUGUGUUGGUGGGCAUCGUUGUAAUCUUCAUCGGGCUGCUGGUGCUGAGGAGGAGGAGGAGGGAGCAGAGGCUGAAGAGGCUCAGAGAUGCUAAAAGUUUGGCUGAGAUGUUAAUGAGUAAAAACACACGUCCGGCAGAGCCAGUCAACAAACAGCAACAGACGCUCCGCAUGCACAUCGACAUCCCCAGAGCCCAGCUGCUGAUCGAGGAGAGAGACACCAUGGAGACUGUUGAUGACAGGUCCACUGUGUUACUGACCGAUAACGACUUCGGGGAAACCCAGAAACAGAAGUCCUCCACAGUCACUCACACGGUCCACUAUCAGUCCCUGUCCCAGGCCACCGGCCCCCUGGUGGACGUGUCUGACGCCAGACCAGGAACCAACCCUACGGCCCGCCGCACAGCCAAAGCCGGCCCGGCCGCUCGCAACCGCUACGCCAGCCAGUGGACCCUGAACCGCCCCCACCCCCCGGUCUCCUCCCACACUCUCAGCACAGACUGGAGGCUGCCCACCCCCAGAGUGGCAGGCUCUGUGGACAAAGAGAGUGACAGCUACAGCGUCAGCCCAUCUCAGGACACAGACCGCGCGCGGAGCAGCAUGGUGUCCACAGAGAGCGCGUCCUCCACCUACGAGGAGCUGGCCAGAGCCUACGAGCACGCCAAGAUGGAGGAGCAGCUGCGCCAUGCCAAGUUCACCAUCACCGAAUGCUUCAUCUCUGACACUUCCUCAGAGCAGAUGACGGCAGGCACCAACGACUACACUGACAGCCUGACCUCCAGCACACCGUCCGAAUCAGGCAUCUGCCGCUUCACUGCCUCCCCGCCCAAGCCUCAGGAUGUCAGCCGGGUCAUGAACAUGGCCGCGCCCAAGGCCCACAGACCGGGGGGCGAGCUGGUUCACCUUCCUCCAUACCUGCGCAUGGACUUCCUGUUAAACCGAGGCAUGUCCUGCUCGGGCUCCUCCAGGGGGACAGCGAGCGGGGAGCGGGCGGCCAUGGGUCAGGCCUGUCUGGAGCCCCAGAAAAGCCGCUCUCUGAAGCGGCCCUCUCGCAUGGCGCCCCCGACCCCUACAGAGGCCCCUCAGGCCAGCAGGGACCAGGCGGCCCAGUGGCAGCCUGGCUCCGCAGCCACGCUCCCCCACAGAGAGGGCUCGGAGCCGGCCCAGGCCGCCAAGCUCAGCACCUCCCAGGAGUCCCUGCUGGACUCGCGGGGACAUCUCAAACAGAGCAGCAACCCCUACGCAAAGUCCUACACGCUGGUAUAACAGCAGGGACCCGAGGGCAGGACUACGACUCGAACACUGGACUUAACACUCAAGUGCAGUAAAAUGACCUUCACCACGCAGUUCUGUACAUACGUCCACCCUCCUCCAAGGAGGGGGGGGGGUCACUUUUACUAAUCUCCUUUUAUUUAUUUUAGAGCUUUCUUUUAUUUCUUCUUUGUAUUUCUUUUUUUGUUUCACUUGAGAAAGAAUGCACUCAUCGGAAACGACUCCAGCCGGAGUUUUGCCAAACUAAUUGAGGUAGCAUUAUUUAUUCUUGAGUAUUGUUAAUUCUUUAUAAUUAAUAAGUGAUUCUUAAUUGUUAGUUGUCAGCUAUUAAUGAUCAUUAAUUAUCGAUAACCAAAUGAUCUAUUCUUAACAUUAACACACAGUUUCAUAAAAACCCGGACAUCUUUUUUUUUCCUGGCGUGGAAGAUGACGAUUUGGAGUCAUUUUUUUCCUAUGGAAUAUCCUUCUGAAACACUGAACCAAACUCGGGAGAAAUCUUUGAAUGAAAGCAAUUGACACCAGUCCAAACUUUUCAGCUGCUCUCAAAUUGUUACUUUUUUUGAAUAAAAAAAAAAUCUAUUUCCUAUGGAUGCAUGGGGACUGACCAACUAAAAGACAAUGAGGAUUACGAUCGUGGCUGGACGGCCCAGUCAGCAUUUUGUCACACUAUGAAAUGAUCCAAUGUGAAGAUUUAUUAUUCUUAUUACUAUAAAUAUAUAUAUAAAAAGAGAAAUCACUUUUAUUUGUGGAUAUUACAGGGAAUAAUUGAUUUGGUUAAUAAAGUCCUUAGUCAUGUUUGCACAUAUCUCGUUUUAAUUAGGAAAUGGAGUCUCUGUUGAUCUUUCUCUGUGUCCCAUUCUCUGAUGGUGCAAUAUGAAAAAAGAUAUGAAAAGUAUAUGAAAACUAUUGCUCUAUACUGUACUGUAAUGAUGAAAAUAACUAUGUUGUGAGUAUACUUACAGGGCCGGACACACUCCAGCUAUGUAUUCAGGUGUAGUUUACCACUGCUUGUUUGGUGGUAAAUGAUGUUAGCUAGAAUAGGGAGGGUUUAGAGAACUAAUGGUUUGCACUUCACAACACCCCGACUCAAGUGUGUCCAGAUAGAUCCCCUUACUCUCAGUGCACUAGGUAGAGUCUUCAUGGCUCUCACACUCCUCAGUAGAUUUACUGUCGCUGCAUUGCAGUGACGCUCCUCUACAGGGAAAAAAAAAACGUGAGACAAUCCAGCAGAAUCCCCCUUCAAACCAAACCUAUAAUGUCUAUGGGAAAUAUCUGAAAAAAAGAAGAAAAAAAGUGGAUAUACGUAAGAAUCUGUUUUUGUUCCUGUCUACCCCGUUUCUGUUCUCUCUGUUUCUUUGAGUUAGUCUGAAGGGAGUUUGAUCCAAAAUGCUGUGAGGUCAUUAUGUCAGUUUCUAUGAUGAGUUUCUAUGAUUAACUGUCUUCAUUAUGAUUAUACAUUUUAACGGAAAGAAAAUGUCACUUUUUAUUUUUAACAUGAGUGUUCACCAUGGUGGCACUGAAAUAAAGAGAAACUAACACAAAGUUCAAAUUUGGUUAAUAAAAUGGCUGUUCCCCAAAGUGUC